ACAAAACAAACCAUCAGCGAACACUCUUCUGACUUGGACUACACGGAGACCUGAUAAUUCCUCUCUUUCUCCUUUCGUUUUUGUUUUCUUUUCGUCGGAAUUUGAAAUCUCCCAGAAAACGUUUCCACUGAUUUUCUUUCCGUCAAACACGAAACUCAAUUGGAACAAAGAGGGUUAGGGUUUUGAUUCUCUGCGACCAUUUUUCCAAUUUGGGUUCCUGCACCCCCAAUCUCCUCUUCUCAGCAAUCAAAUAAGUGUUUAUAUUUAGGUUUUGAUUUUGGUUUCGGUUUCAUUUCGAACUAAAACAAAGGAUGUAUUCUGAUCGGGUGGAGAGUGGAAGUAGGAAGUCAGUGAAGGAACGCCUUAAUGGGAUUCUUUUCACUGAUUGUACUCGCCAACGCAAAAUCACUGGAAAGAGGCAGAGGCAAGAUGACAAGUGGGAACAUGAUCUCUAUGAAGACAAUGAACCCCGGCUCUCUAAUCGCAAGGUCACUGCUCAAGAUCUUCGUUUGAAGCUUCAGAAGAAAGGUCUUCACCCUGGAGCUCAAACUGGAAAGAGUUCUGUUCCUAGUGUGCGGGAUCUUCGUGAAAAGCUUUCAGGGACAAUAGCUCCACAACCUAAAAUCUAUGACCCACCUAAACCAAAAGUGCCUGUUAAACCAAGCAGUAAAAGUAUCGUUGAGGCCCAUGCAGGACAUAUCAAAAGAUCAGCUAACCCAGCACCUAAAAAGUUGUCCCAAAAGGCUGAUGCAUCAGUGGAUGAAUUCUUGCAGUCCUUGGGUCUUGAAAAGUAUCUCAUAAGUUUUCAGGCUGAAGAGGUUGAUAUGACUGCACUCAAUCAUAUGACUGAUGAGGAUCUCAAGGCGAUGGGUAUACCAAUGGGACCGAGAAAGAAGAUUCUUUUAGCCUUGGAGUCGACAGGCUAACAUUUUGGUCUUGUAUUUCUAUUAAUAUUACACUUAUAACACAUUCGUAGGGGUAUGUUUAGACAUUGGACUUAAUCUACCUUGCCUGGAAUAUUUUUCAAUCCUUUUGGUGCUUCUAUUCCAUUUUCAAUCUCGUCUCCUGAAAGUGGGCUAAACAAGCUAUUCAUAUUUAAAAGGUAAAAUAGCAGCUUGAGAGCAAGAAUUGGAGUUGAUUGUUGAGCUGGAAGGACCUGUUUGUGGCAGGUGGUGGAUCACGGAUGCAUCUUAAAAGUGUGGCAGCUUAGCUCUUUUGAAUAUCUUCAUUUUUCCUUUUGAAUUCUUUCAUUUUCUUUGAAACUUCUAUUACUCAUUUCUUUAUUUUUCUCUGUCUUCGCUCUCUCUAUUUUACUCUUUAAUUGCCUUCUUUACUUUUCUCUUUUUAUAUUGCAUUCUGUGUUUCCAAUUUUUUUAGGUCAUUGGGGAUUAGAGAAGGGAAUAUGGGAAUUUGCUAGAUAAAGAAUUUUACUCCUGUCUAUUAUGUAUGUCUUGCUAGCUUUUAUUAUUGGUUAUUACUGGAAGUACGUUUUCGAUUAUCUAGAGAAUUAAUUUCAUCUUUUAUAGAACUGUAUAAAUUAAAAAUUAUUAAACUAGAGAAUUUUUAUUGGGAAAUAAGAAACUAUCAUCUCUUUUUUUUUAAAAAAAAUAUUAAUUUCCAUCAAUACUUUGAGAAAAAUAACGAAGCAACAUAACUGGUUGAAGCACUUGAUGAAGCUUCAUUCUAAUUUCAUUAAACCGCUCUUGCAUUUAAGUUUGACGAAGAAUUGAGACAAGUUUUAAGGCUUAACUGAACUAAUUGCACUUAUAUUAGUUAUGUCUGUGUUUUAUUCUUCUAAUUUUAAUUAAAUGUAUUUGUCUCAUUAAUUUUUUUAUUGAUCAUUUAAGUCUCCCAAAAAAUAUUGUACUUAAGGAUUAUAAAAAACAUAACAAAGAUAUAAUAUGUCAUUAAAUUAUAUAAAUAUAUAAAAAACUGAUUUUUUAUUGAUUUAAGCAAUAAUUUAUCACAUUUUUUUAAUAUUUUUGUUAAUUAUUGAAUGAAAUUUAAGAUGAGAUACUUAGUUUGAACAAUUAAAAAAAAUUUAAGAAACUCAAUGCAGGUAAAUUAAAAUAAAAGAUUAAAAUUGGACAUGUUAAACUAUAGAACUAAAAAUACAAUUGAGCAAAAUUUUAAACGAAGGAAUAUUCACAAAUUUUAAAUUCAUGCAACAUGUAAGAAUAAAUGCCACUACCAUGAUGUUGCUCGGACCAAAAUAGAUAAACAAAAACGUUUGUGGUAUAAUGAGACUCCAUAAAACGACUUAUGCAAUACAAGUAAUACAAAAACUGUACAAAUAUAACUUUUUGGCGACGUAAUUCAAACGUAACUGAUUGCGUUCAUUAACAAUAGUGAAAUUCAAAACCGAAUGUUAUAUCAUACAAUGCUUUUUGGUUUAAGAUUAAUUCCCAGGUUCAUACAGUGGUCAAGUGCAAGUACAUUUUUUUCAUACCGUUCAGGUUGCCAACUUAUCCUUGGUUUGUUACAAAAUUUAGUCAAAAUGACAUUCAUAAACCUUUUAAUCUAACCACCACAAAAGGAAUGAGCAUAAUAAAUAACAAAACAAUAUAACACCUGAACUUUUAGCAGAUUCCUCGAUCGUUCAUAAUGUUGGAAGUUACACAGUAAAUUUAUGAAGCAAUAUUGAGAGUAACUCCUUAUACGUGAACAGCAUUGAGGAAUUAUGUGUAACAUCAGAGUAAUAUUAAGAAACUGGCUUAAUGCAUAAAUUUACUGCUCAUGACACGGUCAACAGCUCAUAUAUUUUCUCACAUAUUAUUAACCAUAGAGCAAACUUAUAUACUGGGACAUAACCAUCUAUGCUGUUUGUGCAUUAGAACGAAAUAUUGUAUGCAAUGGGCAGGAUUGAACUGGUUGAGAAAGUUGUAGUUGCACCUGAGCAGCCAACACCUUGCAAGAGAAUGUUCUUGUCAAAUAUUGACCUGUCCCUUGUUGUAUACCAAGACUCUGCAUCCUUUUUUGAUCCUCCAAGCAGCCAAAUGAGCUUUAAUGAGAUUUGUAGCAAAUUAUACAGUGCACUCAGUAAAAUGCUUGUGCAUUAUGACUUUAUGGCUGGUCGGCUAGUGCCCAGUUUGGAGGAGAAUCAUCGGUUUGAAAUAGACUGUAAUGGUGCUGGUAUUGUGGUUGUAGCUGCAAGAACUGAAAGAAAACUGAGUGAAUUUGGUGUGAUCUCUGCACCUAAUCCAGAGUUAAGGGAAUUGGUUGUUUUCUUGGAUGCAGAGGGUGAACAUGUAACUGACCUGAAAGAAAAACCCCUUGUAUCCUUGCAGGUUAAUGUUUGCUAGUUUUCAAACUCUAUUGCUUCCAUGAUUGCAGCAGCGUGUCUCAAAUAUAUAAAUUUUGAUUUUAAAUCAUUUUUUGCAUGUGCAUGUGACAAACAUUUCAAAUUAACUUGACCCACUUUUAUGAGCUUCUUAUAUAUUCACGCAAUCUAUUUAUUAUUUCACUAUCUUAAUUGUUAAAUGCAGAUGUUGGAGUCAUAGGCCUAAUAUCCUUCGGUUAAAACCCACACAACCUAGACAUAAACUUUUAUUUGCGCCCCUAGUAAUUUUAAUCACAAGGGAUACAAAAAAUAAGUGAUUAAAGUUAACUGCAUUAUUUAUUGUUUAUGACAGUUAACACAGUUUGGUUGUGGAAGUUUGGCACUUGCUUCUCACUACAACCACUGCACACUGGAUGGUAUUGCAGUCAGAGAUUUUGAGGUGAAUUUGGCUGCAUUAACACGAGGUAAUGACCUCAUAAUAGUACCUAAUGCAGAUAGAAAACUGCUAAGAGCUCGCAACCCUCCAAAGAUAAAUCAUCCACAUUUUGAGUAUUCAAAAUCUACUGGCAUACAGAACUUGUUUACUGUCCGAGGCACAAGUGGAAUCAAUGUCAGACAGUCCGUGACAGAAAAUCAAAUUCAUUUGCUUUAUUUAUCACCUCAAAGAAUUUCCAGCUUCAAAAUGAAAGCUCUGAAGGACAACAACUUAAAGAAUAUCUCCACUUUUCAAGUUGUUGCUGCAAAAAUAUGGAAGGCAAGAAGUAUUGCAACAAAGAUGGCAGAGGAUAAAGUAUCAACAAUGUUGUUUCCAGUAGAUGUUAGGAAAAGGGUUGUUCCUGAGCUUCCAGAUCAGUUUGCAGGCAAUGCAUUGGUUCCUGGUUUUGCAAGAGCAACUGUGAGGGAACUCCAGGAACUAGAAGAUGCUUGUCACAUAAGGAAAGUACAAGAAGGGAUUGAAAGAUUGGAUGAUGAGUAUAUUAAGUCAGGUAUAGAUUGGUUGGAGGUGAAUAGAGGGGCACCUUGUAGGGAUUAUAGUUUUUCUUUGGUGUCAUGGUGGAGACUUGGACUUGAGGAGCAACUUUU